GGUAUAUCCUGUCAUUUUGUGACGCUUCUUUACAAACUGAUAAAAGCCAACCAUCGGGUUUCGUAGUAUCACACUGACCGGCCCGACAUCGUACACUAACGACACACAAGAUAAAAGAGCACCCGACAAGGGGCCCUGCCAUCAUUAGACGAAAAAUCGUGCUCCAGUUCGGUUCGAACAUUUUUUAGGGAGGUUACUCAUCGCACUGCGGAUAGAUAACCAGUCCAACCAAGAGAUGUGUUUGAAGUUCAUAAAAGUGGUGUUAAUCAUUUCCGGUGCGAUUUCCUGUUUCGGACAGCACGAGACACCGACUGUGAAUAUACAGGGUCUGGGCAGUGUUCAGGGUUCGAUUGGGCAUACGGCGUGGACAAGUCGGACGAUCUAUGAAUUUCAAGGGAUUCCGUACGGUGAAGCCCCGGUUGGUACGCUUAGGUUCAAACCAACGGUGAAGGUAUCGCCAUGGGGUGGCACUCGAGAUGCUUCAAAACCUGGUACUCGGUGUCCACAGAUUGAGGAGGACUACGUCAACGUGGAAAACGAGGACUGCCUCACUUUAUCGGUGUACUCGAAUAGUUUGGACGCGGUUCGACCGGUGAUGGUGUUUAUUCACGGCGGUUGGUUCUUCUUUGGGGGUGCCGACGAAUACAAGCCGAACUACCUUUUGGAAUCGGAUAUUGUCUUGGUGGUGAUCCAAUAUCGUUUGGGACCACUAGGGUUCUUGAGUACCAUGACGGAAGAAAUUCCCGGAAACGUCGGAAUGCUAGAUGUGAUAACUGCUCUGGAGUGGGUUCAGCAGUAUAUUGGAUACUUUGGCGGGAACAGCUCUCAAGUGACGAUCUUUGGCGAAUCAGCCGGUGCAGCUGCUGUAUCAGCAUUGCUACACAGCCCACUGGUACAAUCUAGAACGACGCCGUUAUUUCAGAAGGCUAUCAUGCAGUCAGGAUCAGUUUUUACGCCAUGGGCUAUGAGCGACACUCCACUAGAAGGGACAACGGAUAUCGCUGCAAGACUUGGCUGUACUGGAGUUGCCGUAGAACAGUGUCUUCGUGAGGUUCCCAUCCGAAACCUUCUGGAGGCGUUCGGCACUCAUCGCGAGCAAACCAUAGUUAAUCGUGGAUAUCCUUACGUGGCGGGAACUGGCAUUGUAGUGGGGGGUCCUUCACCUCUAUUCCCGGAACAUCCAAAGCGUUACCUGGACAAUGCCAACAAGGACCUUGCCAUUAUGGCUGGAACAACCUCACAGGAGGGCUUAUUUUUGCUAGAUGAACUACAUCGACUUCAACCUCAUUUGCUACAGACUCUGAAUACCUCGCACGCUCUGCUGCACUACGUUCGUACACUGCACGAAAAAUUCGGACAUUCCAAGUUCGACGGAUCGUUGGAAAGCUACGCCAUAGGGCACAACUUCCUGGUGCGUGAAACGGAACGACUGGACUGGAAAAACCUGGCAUCCGCUUUUACGGACAUUUGCGGCAUCCACGGUAUCAAAGCUCCGGUGAUGAAUGAAAUUCAUGCCUUUUCCCGCGUUAACCCCGGCAACGUUUAUCUGUACAGUUUCGACUAUGCAAGUGUAGUGACUCGGAUGCCUGAGGCAGUGCCGUUUCCUCACGAAAGGCCAGUUGACCAUGGAGAAGAUCUCAAGUAUCUGUUUCCGAGAGAGAAUCUAGAUGAAGCGGAUAUCGUGAUGGCAAAGGCCAUGGUUCAACUGUGGACAUCGUUUGCCACCAGGGGAGUUCCCGCAGCGAAACAAGUUGGCUACUGGCCACCGACAGACCGAUUGUUCGGGCCAUAUUUAAAAAUCAACACGGAGAGCGAACAGCGAAACUACUACCUCAAUGAGUUCUUCGCUACUUCUGACAAAUACCGAGUAUACGGAGCCGGAAGUCGGGUCGCAGUUUCUGUGGGAUCUAUCGUGACAAUUUUGAUCGUGAGUUUGACUGUGAGCUUGUUCGUCUAGUAAGCGACUGUGAAAUUUUAUUCAGUUUGUAUUUUAUAAUUAGUGUUCUGAUUUGAUCUGCAUGAAUGUAACUGUUUCUCAACUGACGUAUUAAACGUAUUAAACGAUAUCAACAGCUCCAA